AUGUCUUCAAACCAUUCGUACUCUCAGCAAUUGGGCUCAGCUACUGCUGCUGUCAAGUCCACAAGCGGGGGUUCGACACACGCGUAUCAUGGAGCUGCCAGAACUAAAAACAGGGAUAAUGCGCCUCCAGAAGCUGGACACAGAAAUCACGGAAGACGUGGAGCUUCUGGGGCUUUUGCUGUUCCUGGUCAGAGACAGAACUCUGGUGCUAGACCUGACUUCAAAAAGCCCCAGGAGACCAAGAGAGUGGAGUUCAGAAAUGACUACUCGAAUCGCUACGUUCAUUCCCAGAUCCCACCAACCAGUUACAUUCGCAACCGUCAGGAGCCUGUGUCGGGAUAUCCGAAGUUACAAAGACUUUUCAAGCUCAAGGAGCAACAGGUUGCAGAGCAUGCUUGCAAACCGUAUGGAUGCAGGGUUGAGCCAGAUCGGAUUGUCGAUACUCUCAACUCGUGGAUCUCAAAAGAUGGUCUACAGUUUGACGUAAUUAUGAUUGGUGCUCUUACCGAUAACCAGUUUAUCUUCCCGUUAUUAUCGCAAUUGCCAUUGGAUCGUUUGUGCCCACGGGUUGGAUUCGUCUUCAUCUGGGCCUCCACCCAGAAGAUAGCACAACUGUCACAAUUGCUUGCCAACUCCACCAGCAACAAAAACGUUUGUUCUUGGUUCAGAAAGUUUCGCAGAUCCGAAGAAUUGAUCUUUGUUCCUCUCGACAAAAAUUCUCCUUUUUAUCCGGGCGAUCAGGAUGUUCCUGAGGAGGCAUUAUUGGAGAACACCCAAUGGCACUGUUGGAUGUGUAUCACGGGUACAGUUAGAAGAUCCACUGAUAGUCAUCUGAUCCAUUGCAAUGUGAACACAGAUCUUGCUCUUGAGAAUGAAACUACCUUAAACUCGGCUGUUCCUCAUCAUCUUUACCAGGUUGCCGAGAACUUUUCAACUGCUACUCGCAGACUGCAUAUCAUUCCCUCAAGAACUGGAGUUGACCAUCCAGUUAGACCAAGACCCGGCUGGGUCAUUCUCAGUCCAGAUGUGAUGCUCAAUAACUUUGACCCAGACGCCUAUAAGCGCGAAUUGGCAGGUUUGGGCACCAAUGUGCCUACCACCGAGGAAAUUGAGCUACUGAGACCGAAAUCCCCACAAUAG